AUGUUUCGAAUGUUCCUUGCAGUUGCCGCACUCGUCGUGCUAAUCAAUUCAGAGUUGCAUAGAAUUCCGUUGCACAAGACAUCCUCUGUUCGAAAAUCGAUUGGAAUCGAUCAUCGACAAGGUAAUUUGACGUUUACUAGCAUUGUAAAGGAACCGUUACUUAAUUUUCGGAAUGCUCAAUAUUAUGGCGUUAUUUCAAUUGGAACUCCACCGCAAAAAUUUAAUGUACUUUUCGAUACUGGUUCCGCUAAUCUCUGGGUACCAUCCGUACACUGUGACAUUGAUGACUUAACUUGCUCGGCACAUAAAAAAUAUGAUAAUCGAACUUCUCGUACAUACAUACCAAAUGGUACUUUAUUCGAAAUACAAUACGAUUAUGGUAAAUUGUCCGGAUACCUAUCUACUGAUGUAGUAAAUUUUGCUGGUCUUAAAAUUAUAAAUCAAACAUUCGGGGAAGCGAUGACCGAACCUGGAACAGCUUUUCUCUAUGGAAAAUUCGAUGGAAUCUUGGGAAUGAGUUACUCCGAUUUAUCUAUUUCAGGAGUAACUCCCGUUUUUACUAAUAUGAUUCAACAAGGCCUGGUGUCGCCGCCAAUUUUUAGUUUUUAUUUAAAUCGAACUUCUUCGUUUACGAUCGACAGUGAUCUGACAUUGGAUGACUCCACUCAUUACGACAGCGAAAAUUUGUUGGAUAAUUCGACCGGUAGUAUACUAAUAUUGGGAGGCUCCGAUCCCGCUCUUUAUGACGGAGAGUUAACAUAUGUUAAUGUUACUCACAAAGGAUACUGGCAAUUUGCUAUGGAUAAAGUUCAAAUGGAAAAUAAAACCUUAUGUGCAACUGGUUGUCAAGCUAUUGCCGACACGGGCUUUUCCCAACUAGCUGGACCACCAACGGAGAUUUCGAUUAUUAAUACUCGGAUUGCAAUUGACGUAUUUAACGGAAUGGCAUUUGUGGACUGUGACCAGAUUUCUAAUUUGCCCAAUGUUACUUUUUUCCUGAGUGGUAAACCAUUUGUACUCACUGCAGAAGAUUACAUCAUUGCGAGAACGAUCGGUGAUACAGAUCCGACACUGCUAUGUUUUAGCGCCUUCGAAAUUGCGACUCAUAGUGAGCUUAGUAUGUUGUGGAUUUUAGGUGAUUCAUUUCUUGGUCGGUAUUAUACCGAGUUCGACAUGGGGAACGAUCGCGUAGGAUUCGCUCCCGCAAAAUAA